UACAGCCUUGGGGGGGUUUUUUGUUUCCCAUUGAACACGAAAUUAAAAAAAAAGGGAAAUAUAUUCCGGCGGUGAUACCUAAACACCAUAUAGAUGACGCGCUUUCUCUUUCUCGUAGAAAAAGCGCAGCAGGGCUCAGUCAAGGUCUUUGACCGUAUUCAAAGGCGCAUGAAGUAAGAAAGAAAAUUUGAAAUAACAGAUGGAGGAGGACGGGAAAGGAGGAGGAGGAGCGUAAAGGUGGAGAUAUAGGCAACAGGUAACUUGGGUGCGCUCUUCAGUCUGUUUCUUGCAGGUGUUGUGUGUUGUCUACCGUGUCUGUGCCGCGCUUUUCUCGGUGCGAGCCAAAAAUUCCACCACUUUCGGACCCCGGUAUCAUUUUUUAGCUACCAUCAUCAUGGCGACUGUAAUUCUGGUUGCCAAUGCUGUGGUCACCGUGUUGCUAGCAUGGAUGACGCUCAACCAUUUUCAAUUGGUGGAAUACGAUCCGAUGGACAUCGCAGUCAACCAAUUUCAAAGGCUCGUUUUCUAUUCGCAGCUGGACGGUAGCGUGAGAGCGCCACCCGAGACUUUUAUGACAGUUCCGGAGAUUAUUCAAAGUCGAGGUUAUCCGGUAGAAAUUCAUCACGUGACUACGGAAGACGGUUACAUCCUUGAGCUGCAUCGGAUCCCUGGAUCAGUCAACGAGCCCGUCAACACGGAAAGCACACAUAAAAAGAAGCCCGUCUUUCUACAGCAUGGCAUCUUCGCGACUGACUUUGUGUGGGCUGUCGGACCGUCCAACGGCUCUCUAGCUUACAUCUUGGCGGAUCACGGCUACGAUGUGUGGAUGGGAAAUUCAAGAGGCAACACGUACUCCAGGAAACAUAAAACGUUGGAUCCUGAUUCUGAAAAAUACUGGGAUUUCACAUGGGAAGAACUUGGCCAAUAUGAUCUCCCGAAUUCGAUUGAUUACGUCCUGAAAGUAACUGGCCAACAAAAAGUGUCGUACGUCGGUUACUCGCUCGGUUGCGCCAUUUUCUACGUUGGCGCUAACCUCAGACCGGAACUAAACGACAAGAUUGAAGUGAUGAUUGGAUUAGCUCCAACAUCCACUGUCCAAGUUUUGGACAACGCUUUUAAACUUGUCGCACCGUUGAGUAAUCCACUUAAAUAUGUGAUGCAGUGGACUAAAACCGGAUUAUUCCUUCCUAGCGACGGACUAUCAAGUCGCUUUCUACGGUUCGUGUGCAAUUCCAGUCAAAUUGGAAGCGCCACUUGUCAAACUAUAAACUUUUAUGUUUUUGGGUAUUCGGAAACAACCGAUUUGUCUUUGGUCCAUGUAUUAGUCGGGCAUUACCCCGCCGGAGGAUCUCCAAAGACAAUGUUACAGUUCUUCGACAAUUACAACUCGGGCGGAAAUUUUACGCGUUUUGACUACGGCGAAAGUGGUAACUUGGAACGCUAUGGAACAGCCGAAGCUCCCAAAUACCAGAUGGAACUAGUCACUGCCCCAGUUUACCUGCUGUGGUCGAAAACGGAUCCGGUUUCAACCCCUCGGGAUAUCGAAUGGUUGGCAAUGCGAUUAGGGAAUUUGAAAGGGUCCGUCGAGGUGAACGCUCCGGUCUUUAGUCACGGCGAUUUUUUCAUGUCCACUCAAGCCUCAAAACUUGUGUACGAGCCACUACUUAAGAUGCUCCCUCCUCCUUGAACAAAUAAUUGUACAUGACAAAUAAUAAUAAAAAAAUACCGUUCUAAAAUGAA